GCCCUGCAGAACUGAGCUCCUCAUCCCCCAGUUUGGGCAGCAGCACCCACAGCGUUGGCACCAUGUCUGGCAUUGCGACUAAAGUGGCCAAAGACAGGAUUGUGGCUCAGGGUCUGGGCACAAAUAAUAAGCCCCUGAAAUACUUAAACCAGGAUUAUGGGCAGCUGAAGGCGCAGUGUCUGGCGUCUAACUCUCUGUUUGAGGAUGAGCCCUUCCCUGCAAGCCAAGCGUCUCUGGGGGUCAAAGAACUCGGACCCGAUUCUGACAAAACCAAAGGGAUUGUCUGGCUGAGACCGAUGCAAAUUCAUCCCAAACCGGAAUUUAUUAUCAGUGGCGCAACCCGCUCUGACAUUCGCCAGGGGUCCCUAGGGGACUGCUGGUUCCUUUCCUCCAUUGCUUCCCUUACACUGAAUGAAGAAUAUCUGUCCCAGGUCGUUCCGGGGGAUCAGAGCUUUCAGACCAACUAUGCAGGCAUCUUUCACUUCAAGUUCUGGCAGUACGGUGAGUGGGUGGAUGUAGUUGUGGAUGACCGACUCCCAACAAAGAAAGGAAAACUGGUGUUUGUCAAGUCAGCCGAGGGCAACGAGUUCUGGAGCGCGCUGCUGGAAAAGGCUUAUGCCAAGCUGAAUGGAUCCUACGAAGCUCUGAUAGGAGGUUCCCCAGUAGAUGCCCUUGAGGACUUUACUGGUGGCAUUGCUGAACUAUACUAUCUAGAGAAGCCUCCAGCGGAUCUGUUCCAGAGAGUCCAGAAAGUUCUGAGGGCUAAUUCCCUACUCACCUGCUCUUCUAAAUCCGACAGUGGGAAAGUGGAAACUGUUGCAAAGAACAACGUAGUGAAGAAUCACGCUUACACCAUCACCAGGGCGGAAGAGGUUUCCUACCGUGGAGAGAAAGUUCAGCUGAUCCGGCUGAGAAAUCCCUGGGGUAAAACAGAAUGGAACGGCGCAUGGAGUGAUAAUGCACCUGAAUGGGACGACAUUGACUCAGAGACAAGAGCAGCUCUAAAUACUCAGGGUGACGAUGGAGAAGUCUGGAUGCCAUUCUCGGAUUUCAUUAGUGAGUUCUACCGACUGGAUAUCUGUAACCUCAGCCUGGACUGUGUGUGCAGCAAGGAGGAGCGGCGCUGGUGCCUGACCCAGUUCUAUGGGAGCUGGAAGAGCGGAUGCACUGCGGGCGGAUGCAAGAAAUAUCCAGACACAUUUUGGAUCAACCCGCAGUUCCGGAUUAAGCUGGAGGAGCCGGAUGAUGAGCGGGGGGCCGGCAAAGCGCAGAGCUGCACGGUGAUUGUGGCGCUGAUCCAGAAGAACCGACGGAAGAUGAAGCCCACGGGAGGGGAAGAGUUUGCCGUUGGCUAUUACUUGUAUCCGAUCCCUAAAGAGUUGCAGGGAAGCCCCGAUGUCCCUCUGGGGAAAGAUUUUUUCUUGAAAACCAAAUACGUGGCUUGGACAGACGUGUACAAGAAGCACCGGGAGACCUGCUGCCGCCACAAGCUGCCCGUCGGCGAGUACGUCCUCCUCCCGCACACCUACUACCCCUGCCAGGAGGCCGAUUUCUGCCUUCGAGUCUUCUCAGAAAAGAAAGUUGGGGUUUGGGAACUUGGGGACGUCGCAAAUGCCGAUCUAUAUCAGCUGGACGUAUCCGAUAUACAAGUAGAGUCAGAGAUUGGAGACAUUCUUACUGAGCUUGAGCAACAGAAAAUGGAAAUGAGCGCAGAGGAACUGAGGAUCAAUCUGAGCAGGAUUCUAUCAAAGAGAAAGGACAUUAAAUCGGACGGGUUCAGCCUGACGACAUGCAAAGAAAUGAUCAACCUUUUUGACACUGACCUGACAGGGAAGCUGAGUUACAAGGAGUUCCGACCUCUAUGGAUAAAGUUAGUUAAAUACACGAAAAUAUUCAAAUCAGCGGACAAUGACAGAUCGGAGAGCAUCGAAGCCCAUGAAAUGCGAAAUGCGUUGCAACAAGCAGGGUUUAAUCUGAAUAACAAGAUCCAAGAAGCCAUCGUGCAGCGCUACAUUACUAAUGGCUUAUCUAUCAGCUUCGACAGCUUCAUUGCGUGCCUCAUUCGCCUGGAGACCUUGUUCAAAAUGUUUGAGCUGCUGAAAACAAACGAGAAUGGAGCCCUGAGUCUGUCUCUAUCCGAGUGGCUCUGCACCGCCAUGAUGUGAUGUUGGUCGGCCCGCGUGGAUCAGAUGGCUACGGAGCCCCCGUUAUUCUCUGAAAUCACUUGUAUCGGACAUGGAUAUUGGUUUAAUAUGACAUAAUAUGAGGAGUGACUUCUGCAUAGCAGCGUAACUACUCUGGGCUGGGGCCCCCUCACCUCCAUCCGCUCUCCCACACCCCCCCACUUACUCACAUAUACACCUCCAUGAAGUUAUAAAUGUAAAUAAAUUGGUUUGGAUUUGAAUAAAA